AUGACAGAGUGUCCAUCACCUUCCCGGGUUUAUUUUUCAGAGAAAGGUGACUUCCUGGCCUUGGACCUUGGGGGUACCAAUUUCCGGGUCCUGCUGGUGCGAGUGAGGAAUGGAAAGCGGCGUGGAGUAGAGAUGCACAACAAGAUCUACUCUAUCCCGCAGGAGGUCAUGCACGGCACGGGGGACGAGCUCUUUGACCACAUCGUCCAGUGCAUCGCCGACUUCCUUGAGUACAUGGGCAUGAAGGGCGUGUCCCUGCCUCUGGGUUUCACCUUCUCCUUCCCCUGCCAGCAGAACAGCCUGGAUGAGAGCAUCCUCCUCAAGUGGACUAAAGGCUUCAAGGCAUCGGGCUGUGAGGGAGAGGACGUGGUCACGCUGCUGAAGGAGGCCAUCCACCGGCGAGAGGAGUUUGACCUGGACGUGGUCGCUGUGGUGAAUGACACAGUCGGGACUAUGAUGACCUGUGGCUAUGAAGACCCUCACUGCGAAGUCGGCCUCAUCGUUGGCACAGGCAGUAACGCCUGCUACAUGGAGGAGAUGCGGAACGUGGAGCUGGUAGAGGGCGAGGAGGGCCGGAUGUGUGUCAACAUGGAGUGGGGGGCCUUCGGGGACAACGGAUGCCUCGACGACUUCCGCACGGAAUUUGAUGUGGCUGUGGAUGAGCUUUCCCUCAACCCUGGCAGACAGAGGUUCGAGAAAAUGAUCAGCGGCAUGUACUUGGGGGAGAUUGUCCGUAACAUCCUCAUCGAUUUCACCAAGCGUGGGCUGCUCUUCCGUGGCCGCAUCUCAGAGCGGCUCAAGACAAGGGGAAUCUUUGAAACCAAGUUCCUGUCUCAGAUUGAGAGUGACUGCCUGGCCCUGCUGCAGGUCCGCGCCAUCCUGCACCACCUGGGGCUCGAGAGCACGUGUGACGAUAGCAUCAUUGUCAAAGAGGUGUGCACCGUAGUGGCGCGGCGGGCAGCCCAGCUCUGUGGCGCGGGCAUGGCCGCCGUGGUGGACAAGAUCCGAGAGAACCGGGGGCUGGACACCCUCAAAGUGACCGUGGGCGUGGAUGGGACCCUCUACAAGCUACACCCUCACUUUGCCAAAGUCAUGCACGAGACGGUGAAGGACCUGGCUCCGAAAUGUGACGUGUCCUUCCUGGAGUCAGAGGAUGGCAGCGGGAAGGGGGCGGCUCUCAUCACUGCUGUGGCCUGCCGCAUCCGCGAGGCUGGCCAGCGAUAGAGUCCCUGAAAUCCGGAAGGGACUUCCUCUCAUUCCCCUUCUUCCCUGCUUUAAAUUAUAAGAUGUCAUCCUCUGUGUCAGAGACAGGCCCCUGGGCUUUUCCCUGGCAGAGAGGAGCCUGUGGGACUGGGUGUGGUCUCUGGAUUCUCACUGUUGAGCCCAGUGCCCAAGCCUUGGCCCUCCUGAGAUACAUAUGUUUUGAAGUAAGGACUUGGUCAUACUUGUCCAACUAUUCCUACUGGUUCUUUUAAAACUCAAGACAAAUUUUAACCUUUAGUCACCCCUCUGGCCAAAUUCCAUGUCCCUGCAUAAUCCUACAGGAUGGGGACACUAAUGAAAAGAUACAGUGGCUUCCCCAUGGACCCUGAGCAUGGUAUUUCUAAGGUGAAGAGCAUUCCCCAGCACGGAGGCUGAUACUGUGUCUCCUCUGAAUCUGGAGGGAUCUCCACUAACUUGAGCCUGAUUCUCCCACAGGCAGAGGGGCAGGGGCAGGAGGAGAGGCAGCAUUGGGGGGGGGGGGGAGGAGUCCGUGGAUAGCCACGUGGCAGCCCCUCUUUAACCUCCUUUACAAGCCUGGUGGGUUCCAGCGGAGCCUUGUCCUGGAAUUAAAGCAUCCCGAAUCCGAGAAAGCAAAACCAAGGCCAUGAGUGGGUUCCUGAGUCAUCCAUGAGCAAUGGACCUCUGGGGCAGGGGAGACUUCCUGGUCUGUUUUUAAGAUUUUUCCUGCAGAAGUGGAAACAACUCUAUUUUCAUUUUAAUUUAUGUUUGAAAUUUAUUUAGUUCAUGAAGUACAUCCUCUCCUUUACCUUGAUACUGUAUGUAAUGAUUGGUUGUAUGUAAUGUAUUUAUAUGUCAAUGUGUUAUGUACAUAAAUACACAGGGUCUUUUCAGACUUGGCCUCCGUAGUAGAUUUGUGUAGUUACAGGAUGGAAGGUGAAGAUACUGACAGGUUACGAGAAAUACCUCAUUCGCCUGCGGGAAGAGAAGGGAAGCCUCUUCAGGGUGAGUGAAUGGCUAAGUAGCUCCUUCCUGGCUCCUUUUUAACCUGCAGACUGGGAAACAUGGAAAGCAGGGCACAGUGAGGGAAGCUGGGUCUGUGGAUCGAAGAAACCACAGAAACAGGCUGCUCUGUCUAGACCUUCCUGGGGCAACAGUACACGGGCUCUUAACCAAAGCAAACAGGAAUCCUUCCAGACAGAUUCAUUGCUUAAGAAUGAUCAUUCUUAGGGUAGUCAGUAGUAUUUUUAAGCUAAGAAGAUAAAGGAAGCCACCAAGAGCACUUCUUUAAAAAUUCUGUCUCACUGUUAACAGCAAACCAAAACCAAACAAUGAAACAAUCAAAAUGAAGAAAACCUCAGGGACAACACUUUUAAAGGCAGAUUUGUGCCCUCCUAGCCAAAUUGGUCUGUUUUGUAAAUGUUUUUCCAAGAAGCAUUGUCCGAGGGCUUCUUGAGGCUGAGCUGUUUUUAUACACAGUAUUUAUUUCAAACUGUUGGUGGGGAUGGGGGGAGUAGGGUGGCAUAAAAUCUUCCACGCUCUACCUUUCAGGAGUGCAGUUAAUUCUGAAUCUGAACGCCACUUCCUCCCUAAAAUAUGCACACCCACACCCUGCAACUAAUGACCCUAGAACACUAUUGAGUGGGAAAUCGAGGCUCACAAGGAAGGAAAGACAGGACUCGAUAGCACCCAACUUGGCACACUGAUCACACUUGUACUGAGAACAACGUCUAGAUCUACAGAUCACUAAAGAAUGCCCAAGAAGUAGAGAUGAAUUUUCACUUUUAAACUUGAAAAUUAGGCACUGUCUGUGAAAUUGCACCUUUUUUUUUUUUAAAGGUAGAGCUGUGUGUGCGGCUAUUCAAGAUAUGUUGUUGGUUUCCAAAAAGGAAAAUGCAUUUUGAAUGUCUGUGUUCCCACAGUUAGGUGACAGUUCCUUGUUGAUGCUGCUUUGCCUGAUGUAAAUACAGUGAAUCUCAAUCUUUGACUGGGAUGUGUUGAUUCUCAAAUCUUUGAGCACUCAGUCUAGUAAAGAUGUUGUCAUGUAUAAUAAAGAGCUAGUUGAAUUAACUAUGUGAUGUUAACUAUUAAUAAAUUUUAACAUUUUUCAAAAUA